UCAAACUCCAUAAAGAAACGUACAUAAGCAUGUCGCAGGACGUAAUCUCGUCUCAUGAGCAGCUCUCCAUGGAUGAGAUCACAAGCCCUCUCACCGCACAAAUCUUCGAUUUCUGCGAUCCACAAUUAUUUGAAGAGACCUUUAAUCAAACUUCCGAAGUGACUUCUGCUUCAAACUGUUGUGGCUAUGUUGAAAACAACAACAGCAAUAACUUUCCAGACAAAUCCAACAGCGGUUCAAAUCAAGACCAUGAAGACAACAACAAAAACGAUGACAACGGGGACUUAUCGAUCAUAUUCGAUUCACAAGACGAUUUUGAUAACGAUAUCACAGCUUCCAUCUAUUUCUCUUCCUCUAUUCAGUUCCCAGUCUCCGAUCAGCUCCAAGACCAGUUUGAUUUCACCGGUAUUCAACUUCAUCAGCCUCCUAACAUCCUCUACUCUUCAUCUUCUUGUGAUCCUCUGCCUCCUCCUUCAUCGGUUUUCGAAGAAGAUUGUCUUUCUUCUGUCCCAAGUUACAAUCUUGGCUCCCUAAACCCUACUUCUCCUUUCUUGGGUAGUCCCGGUUUACCACCUUAUAUGGCUGUAACCAAGAAUAUGAUGAACACCGGUUUACCCAUUGAAAGAUCUGGGUUUUACUCCGGUUUUGGUUCUGAUUUUAAACCGUCACAUGAUCAAUUGAUGGAAACCCAGGCUGAUAACGGUGGAAUGUUCUGCCCAGAUCCGAUCAAACCCAUCUUCGAUACAGGCGAUCAUCAUCUCCAGAACCACCUGGCCAAACCGGUCCUUCCGCAGUUAGGAACAGAGAUAACCGGUUUAGAUGACCCGAGUUUCAACAGUGUCAGCAAACUUACAGCUGAGCAGAGGAAAGAAAAGAUUCAUAGGUACAUGAAGAAGAGAAAUGAGAGGAAUUUCAGCAAGAAAAUUAAGUAUGCAUGUAGGAAGACAUUGGCAGAUAGUCGUCCAAGAGUUAGAGGAAGAUUUGCAAAGAACGAUGAAUUUUGUGAACCCAAUAGACAAGCUUCUUCUAGUCAUCACGAAGAAGACAAUGAUGAUGAUGUGGGGGUCAAGGAAGAAGAACAAUUGGUUAAUUCUUAGGACAUAUUUUCACACAUAAGUGGUGUCAACUCUUUCAAGUUCAACUAUCCAAUCCAGUCUUGGAUUUGAGUUUACAUAAUCUUAUAAUCACAAAAUAGUAUUUUAUAGAGGUAUACUUGUAUAUUUAUUAGUGCAUUUUUUGGCUAUGACUCAGAUUUUCUCAGAAACAUAUAUAACAUCAAAAGAGGGAUAAAGGGUUUAGAUAGGCCAUGAUAAAUAAAACUGAAGUGA